GACAUCCUGGAGAACGAGAGCAUCACGCUGGACUGGAUGUUCCGCUAUUCCCUCACCCAUGACAUCGUCAAGGGGAUGCAGUUCCUGCACAACGGGGUGAUCGUCUCCCAUGGGAACCUCAAGUCCUCCAACUGCGUGGUGGACAGCCGCUUCGUGCUGAAGAUCACCGACUACGGGCUGGAGAGCUUCCGCGUGGUCCCCGACGGCGAGGACUCGCACGCGCUCUUCGCCAAGAAGCUGUGGACGGCACCUGAGCUGCUGCGGAUGGAGUCGCCGCCGGCCCGUGGCACGCAGAAGGGCGACGUUUACAGCUUCGGCAUCAUCCUGCAAGAGAUCGCCCUGCGCAAUGGUGUCUUCUAUGUGGAGGGGCUUGACCUGAGCCCUAAAGAGAUCAUUGAGCGGGUGAAGAGUGGGGAGCGCCCCAGCUUCCGCCCCUCGGCCAAUGUGGGGUGCCACAUGGAGGAGCUGGGCCAGCUGAUGCAGCACUGCUGGGCUGAGGACGUCCUGGAGCGCCCCGACUUCAACCAGAUCAAGGUCCAACUCCGCAAGUUCAACAGGGAGAGCAGCAGCAACAUCCUGGACAACCUGCUGUCACGCAUGGAGCAGUACGCCAACAACCUGGAGGAGCUGGUGGAGGAGCGAACCCAAGCCUACCUGGAGGAGAAGCGCAAGGCUGAGGCUCUGCUCUACCAGAUCCUGCCCCAGUGA